UAUUCCUUUCAAGUCUUGUUCUUCGUUGAUAUAAUGGCGGAUAAUGCCAAUGUAGCAGAUGCUGUAGCAGUGACAGUGAUUGAAGAGAACAAACCUAAACAAGCUCAGGACGUGAAGAAACAUAUUAUACCGGAGAAAUUUUUUCAAAUGGAACAAGUUUCAGGUAUGUUAUCGGUGGUCUCUUUUGUUCUUUCUCUUCCAAUCCUUGCCUCCGUCACCUGGCUGCUAUACAUGAAAAGCUAUGACUGCGAAUGGCUCUUCAAGUUGCCUAGUUUGCAGAUUGGAAUUAGCAUUGGUUUGAUCUUUGUCUUCUUGAUUUGCAAUGCUGCUCUCUUCUUGAGAACUCGGUUAAGCCCCAUGGUGGGAAUCCUUGUGGUUAUGGUGCCAUUGUUAGUGAUGCUUAUAGUCGGCAUUGCACUUCUGGGUGCAAAUAACAUGGAAGGCAGAAGGAUUCCUGCUACGCCAUCGUGGUUCCAGAUGAAAAUCCGUGACAACAGUCUUUGGAGCAACAUCAAACAAUGCAUUUACGACACUGGCGUUUGCGAAGAUUUGGCCACGACAUCAGUGGACCUCAAAUCAUAUGAUUUCAGUAUGAAGAAGUUAUCAUCGAUAGAGUCCGGAUGUUGCAAACCACCCACAGUCUGCCAAAUGCAGUACGUGAAUGCCACCUUUUGGAAAAAGGAUGAUAGACUGGUAACGCAAUCUUUUUCAUAUAACAAUGAAGACUGCGAUUCAUGGAGAAACGACAGCGACAUCUUAUGCUACGACUGCAAGAGCUGCAGAGAAGGUUAUAUCAGCACAUUGAAAAGCAAAUGGUUGAAACUUGGGGAGUUUCUAGUAUGCAUGGCUGUGCUACUUAGCACUUCUCAUUUGUUGCUAUUCCUGGUAACAAUGUGGGAGCUCUAUGUAUCUUAGAGCAAAGCUCAAAGGCUGAUGAUGCAUUUUCUUUUUUUUAUGUAAUCUUUUUCUCUCUUUGAUGGUUCGGAUUUUAUUUGGACAAAUUUGUUUUA